UAGAAAACAUAAAUCAGAGAAUGUGUAAUAUAUUAUACGUUCUCUGCAUAAAUCACAUAAAAAAGUGAAGUCCCGUUUUAAAAUCCCAUUGCAUUUUGUAUAACUUCUAAUUUAGAUAAAAAUUAAAUUAAUAUAAAAUGAGUCAGUCGAAAUCUAACAAAUCAGACGUGUUUAAAAAACAAUUAUCACUCAGUUCCUUCUUGGAGGGAAACUCCACACGUUCAGGUUUUAUUAAUAAUGAUACCGGCCAGAAAUCGGCUAAACAGAAACUUAUAGUCGCUGAAGAAACAUCGAAACCAGCUAAACAAAACAGGAUCGAUACGAACAAUAAAGAUUGUAAAAGUCUUGCUUAUGCACCUGUGCGAAAACAACAAUCAACAAAAAUGUUGAAUCCAAUAUUUGUGGAUUCCUCAAGUGACUCUGAGACGGACGAGGAAAAACAGACGAAUUGUAAUAAUAACAGCAAAAGCGGUGUAACGAGAGCAAUUGUACAGCGCUACACAUUUGAAGACAGCAGUCAAUCACCUCUCGUUCCUUUGGAAACUAAAAAGAACACAAAAAGCAAAGAGGACAAUAAAAUCAAACCGAUUUCUAAUGGUUAUUCGCCCAUAAACAAAAAUUAUUCCGAUGAAAUGGGAACGUACGGAAAUAUAUGUUAUGGUAUAAAAAGUGCUUAUGGAGAUGAUAAUAUGAGCACUACAUCAGAAAAGUAUACAUCUGUGGAUAAAAACAAUGAUAAGAUAAGUCCUCAUAACAGUGUAAAUACUAGUGAUAGAAAAAGAAAUGAUAUGAACCUAUCGACCAUUAUUAAGGAUAAAAAAUGUACUCGUAAAAAAAGUCAUGAGGAAAAAUAUAUUGAAAUAGAUGGUGGAAAAAAGCUUGGUAAUGGAGUAUUAAAUGGUUUUGAUAACCAUUCGAGUCACGAAAUCCCCACCAAAAAAUUAAUAACCUCACCAGGAGCUCCUAGAGUAUUAUCUUUGGAUCGUGAGUAUGAAAAUUCUGACGCUAUUCUACAAAGUAUAGAGAAUAAAACAACGGUUGCAAAUAAACCAAAAAUUACAAUCGAUACGGAGCUGUCUCACCACCUGGAUGUGAUCGAACAAGAUUCGACGUUUAAAAUAUGUACAACGGACGCCACAGAUUUGGAGCUUAAAGCAAGUAGCACCUUCUACAAAUCUUCUCAUUACGAUUUAUUGGAAAAAUUCGCACAAAUUAUUGAUCAGAUACCUAUAAAUUACUUCGAUGGCAUCGAUGGAUUUGACAAAAGCAUUUAUAUGCGUUUAAAAACAAUGCGUAACAAAUUGAAAGCUCGUACAAAACUUGUGCAAGCGGAAUUAGAAAAACGAAAAAAGCAAACACGAAUUUUACAAGAUUCUGCGGACGCUCUGGACUACGAUGCAUUGGAGGCUGAAGAAAUGCAGAUGCGUGAAGAAUGCAAAAGUCAAACCUUGCAAAUGUCCCCUACAAACACACCUCCAAAUAUUAAUAGUAAUUCACCAAUAACACCGUCAUCUUCGAUUGGUAUGUCCAAUACACCUGAUUGGCACAAAAAUAAAGCAGAUAUAGUAGCUAUCAAUGAUACGGAUGAUGAAGAUCUGCAACAAACCUAUUUGACACAAGCUGUCGCUUUAGAUGACGAAGAACCGGAAAUAUCGAUUUCACAAAGUUCUAAACCGGAUGAAGAUGAACUGGAGGCAUUACUAGCAGAUAUAAAGGAUAACGAUAAUUUACUACGUGGUUGCAAAUCAAAUUACAACAACUUCUCGUAUAAAGAUUUCGAGGAUAAAGCUACGCCGAAACUGUCCACAACUGCUAAAACUCCUGAUAAAAUGGUAGCAGAUAUAUCAUCAGAAGACUUGCAGCUAUGGUCAACUCAAACCGAUGAUGAUGGGUGGCAGGUCUACGAUCCAGAAAAAUUUGAAAUAGCUGCUUCACAGGCUAUAUUGCUGGAUUCGCCAGUGUCCCAAACCUCUAUUCCAAAUAAAAGUUCAGUAGUGCCGGUAACGAAUAUUAUACUUAGCGACGAUGAGUAUGAUAAUAUGCCGUCGACAAGUGCCGCAAGUAUGCGGAACCUUAAUACGUCCAUUAUGACCACCUCUAAACCAUCACCCGCGAAACCUGUACAAAAAGUCGAUGGUAAUUUCCAUGCAAAUACACAUAAUGAUGGUAUUACAGGUGAGUUCGAUGGCACUAGUUACCCACAUUCACAAACCGUCAAAGAGGCGUUGAGCAGCAACUUUGGCCUGAAGACCUUCCGCCCCAAUCAAUUGCAAGUGAUCAACGCCGCGUUAUUAGAUCAUGACUGUUUUGUAUUAAUGCCCACCGGUGGUGGAAAGUCGCUUUGCUAUCAGUUACCCGCAUUACUAAGCGAAGGCGUUACGUUGGUUAUUAGUCCGCUGAAAUCAUUAAUACUGGAUCAAGUUAAUAAGUUGGAGUCCUUAGAUAUAUAUGCAAAGAGUUUAUCUGGUUCGCAGACACUACAAGAAGUGCGCGCCAUUUACUGUGAUUUGAAAACAAGUCCACCACGUAUUAAAAUACUUUACGUAACACCCGAAAAAAUAUCAAGUUCACCACAAUUUCAGGACACACUUGAUGAUUUGUAUGCGAAAAAUUACAUUAGUCGGUUUGUCAUUGAUGAGGCACAUUGUGUCUCGCAAUGGGGUCACGAUUUUCGUCCAGAUUAUAAACGUCUCGGCAUACUACGUAAGCGUUUUCCAAAAGUGCCAACAAUGGCAUUGACCGCCACAGCAACUCCACGUGUACGCAUUGAUAUACUGCGCCAAUUAAACUUAACGCAUACCAAAUGGUUCUUAUCUAGUUUUAAUCGAAGCAAUUUAAAGUAUUCCGUAUUACCUAAACGAGGCGCUAGUACUUUGGAUGAUAUAAAAGCAUUUAUACGUGCGCGUCCUUCCAACUGGUGUGGUAUAGUAUAUUGUCUGUCGCGUAAGGAAUGCGAAGAUGUGGCGAACAAAUUGCAUGCAUCUGGUAUUAAAUCGCUAGCCUAUCAUGCAGGCUUAACAGAUCCAAUGCGCGAGACGCGUCAGAAAGAUUGGUUGACCGGUAAGGUACGCGUAAUAUGCGCGACGGUGGCUUUCGGUAUGGGUAUAGACAAACCAGAUGUGCGUUUUGUGUUACAUUAUUCGCUGCCCAAGUCAAUUGAAGGUUAUUAUCAAGAAGCGGGACGCGCAGGUCGUGAUGGUGAUAUAGCGCACUGUGUGCUCUACUAUAAUUACUCGGAUAUGAUGAGAAUGAAGAAGCUCCUGGAUUUGGAUAAUUCCGUGGCGUUUGAUGUGAAGAAAAUACAUUUGGAUAAUUUAAAUCGCAUUGUGGGUUAUUGUGAAAAUGUCACUGAUUGUCGACGAGCACAACAACUCGACUACUUUGGCGAACAUUUUACCAGCGAACAAUGUCUUGAGCGACGAGAUACAACAUGUGAUAAUUGUCUUAAAAAGAAUAGUUAUCAGGAAAUAAAUGUGCUAGAGCAAUCCCGCAAGGUAGCACGUGCUAUAAAAGAAAUUUGUAGCGGGCGAUCACGAUUCACGCUGUUACAUAUUGCUGAUGUGCUGAAGGGUUCCCUAAUUAAACGCAUCGUGGAAUGCGGUCAUGACAAAACGGCGCAUCAUGGUAUAUUCAAAGAUUGGGAAAAAUCGGAUAUACAGCGUUUAUUGCGAAAAAUGGUUUUGGAGGGAUACCUUCGUGAAGAUUUAAUAUUUUCCAAUGAUAUACCGCAAGCAUACAUUUAUUUGGGACCCAAAGUGCAGGUGCUAAUGCAAGAGAGUAACGCAAUCAACUUUGCUAUUUCGCGUAAAGAGAGCGCCAAACGUGCACUGCCUGGAUUUAAUAGCGGUAUUUCAGUUACAAAAGAUAACGCUGCUGAGGCAACACAACUACGAGCAAUCUAUGAGCGUUGCUAUUCCGACCUUUUAGAUUUAUGUCGAACGAUAGCCGCGGCGCGUAGUGUUACAAUGGCUAGUAUAAUGAAUAUGCAGGCAUUAAAAGCGAUGUCUGAAGAAUUACCAGAGUCUGAGAAUGAUAUGCUGAGCAUACCUCACGUUACUAAGGCGAACUUUGAAAAAUAUGGUAGUAAAAUGUUGGAAAUUACACGUAAUUAUGCUGCUGAAAAGCUAUGUCUAAUGAUGGAUUUGGAAGAUGCGCAUCAACAACAAUUGCAAAUAGCGAACAAAAAUAAAACAACGAAAGCGGUUGCACGACCGACAGUUGCUUGCGAUUUAGACGAGGAUGACGGAGACAGUUGGGUAGCAGCAGCUGCAUCUCAAGGCAGUAUACAGAGCAGUGAGGGGCGUAAACGUAAACGCGCAUGGCGUGGUAGUGGUGCGAAACGAACAAAGAAAGCCACCGGGUGGGCAUCGAGUGGUAAAAGCCCCGCGAAACGCGCAACCGCAAAAGCGAGAAGUGGAGGUAGUACAGCACCAAAAGCGACGCGUCGAAAAGCAGUCGCCAAUACUAGUAUUAGGGGGCGAGGCGGUGCCACGAAAAGCGGCAACAAUGCUUGGUUGUGUAAAAAAUCGAGUUCCAAUGGCGCUUUCGAGCUGAUGCCAUUGCCUAAAUCCAAAUAACGAUACUCGAAGGUCUUAUGUACAAAACACUUAGUUUUAAGUAUAUUUUUUAGUAUUGUUUGUAUUUUUGUAGUUGAAAUAAAGUUUUUUUUU